GCAUGGCCUCUGUCCCCCUGCACAGCCCCUGUCACCCUACAUGGUCCCUGUCCCUUGCACGUCCCCUGUCCCCUCCCUGUGCCUUGCAGGACUGAUCCUGUCAUUGAUCCCUCAGAUGUCCCUUGUGGGGACAGGCAGCUCCUGGCCCCUGGCCCCCUAGUUGUUUCUGUUGGCACUGAUCCUGUUCCCCCACAUAGCCCCUGUCCCUUGCAGGACUGAUCCUGUCCCACAUCUCUCAGGUGUCCCUGCUGGGGCUAAUCCUGUUCCCCCCAUGUUCCUUGUGGGGCUGAUCCUGUCCUGGACCAGACAGAUCCUGUCCCCUGCCACACCAUCCUCAUUAACCCAGCAUGUCCUGUGUCCCCCUGUGUCCCUUGGACUGAUCCUGCCCCCCCGGACCAGACAGAUCCUGACCCUCCACACCAUUCUCAUCACCCACCACGUCCCCUGUCCCCCGGGGGUCGGUGCCAUGUCCCCUCGGGGGGCUGCGGGGGGUCCCCGGGGGGCGUGGCCAGUGUGGAAAGGGGCGUGACCGAUGCCAAAGGGGCGUGGUCAGUACUUGGUUACAUUGUAUCCGCCUUCCGGGUCGGGACCAGCCGAGCCGAGCUUAACCCGGGCCGAGCCUAACGGGGCCGGGACCAGCCGAACCCCAGCGGGCCGAGCCUAACAGGGCCAGGAGCAGCCCAACUCGCUCGGGCCGAGCCGAACGGAGCCGGGAAUAGCCAAAUCGGCUCGGGCCGAGCCGAUCCCCUCCGGACCAUGGGGCAGAUCGAGUGGGCCAUGUGGGCGAACGAGCAGGCACUCGCCGCCGGGCUCAUCCUGGUGACAGGCGGGAUCGUGGCCGUGGCGGGGCAGUUCAAGGGCUGGUACUUCGCUGCGUACUCCAUUGCGGCAGGCGUCCUGGUCUGCCUGCUCGAGUAUCCCAGAAGCAAGAGGAAAAAGGGCUCCACCAUGGAGAGGUGUGGCCAGAAGUACAUGACAGCUGUGGUGAAGCUGUUUGGGCCCCUGACCAGGAAUUACUACAUCCGAGCCAUCCUUCACGCUGCCCUGGCUGUCCCUGCCGGUUUCCUCCUCUCCACCAUCCUGGGCACCGUCUGCCUGGGCAUUGCCAGUGGCAUCUACCUGCUGGCCGCGGUGCGUGGGGAGGAGUGGAGACCCAUCGAGCAGAAGCCCCGGGAGCGGCCGCAAAUGGGGGGCACCUUCAAGCAGCCCCCCAGCAACCCCCCGCCCCGGCCCCCCGCUGACGCCCGCAAGAAGCAGCCGGCAGAGGUGGGGGGGCAGGUGAACCCCAUCCCUGUGGAGGCUGAGUAACGGGGGGACCUGCCUGCCCUGCUCUGCUGCUCCUGCUUCCCAGCUGCUCCCCAGAUUCACUGUGGGAACCGGGGGCUCAGCUCCAGGAGAUCCCCAAGGCCCUGGCACUGCUCAGCUUAUCCCCAGCUCCUGGCGAUGCUCAGAUCCCUGAGGAUCAUCAGUUCUCCCUGGGCUCCCCAGCUCUCCAAAGCAUUCCCAAAUCCCCAGGGGUGCUUAGUUCCCUGUGGGGUCUCUAGCCCUCAGGGGUUCCCCAACUUCUGGAGAUCUCCAAAUCCCUGGGAAUGCUGAGCUUCUCAGGACUCUCUUCAGCUCCCAGGGCUUCUCAAAUUCUCAGCCAUGCGAUGCUCCCUGUGGAGUCUCCAGCUCCCAGGGGCUCCCCAGCUUCUGGAGAUCCCCAAAUUCCUGGGGAUGCUCAGCUUCCUGUGGGGUCUGCAGCCCCUAAGGGCUUCCCAGCUUCUGAGGAUCCCCAAAGCCCUGGACAUGCUCAGCUCCCUGAGAGUGUCCAAGCUCUCCAAGCAACUCCCAGUUCCCAGGGGGAUCCCCAAAUCCCUGUGGAACACCAACUCUCAGGGACCCCCAGCCCCAAGGGAGGUCAGGCAGCUCUGCUCUCAUCACCAGCUCUCCCUUUUUUUUGUCACUUCCGCAGUUGCUGUUGCAAUAAAAAGUGGGAAAGGCA